AUGUUGAAACUUGCAAAAAUAAUAAGUGGUCAUUCAAAUAAAAAGAAAAAAGAAGAUAUAUCUGCGUUGCGUAAAUCUGCAGAUACUUUAAAAGAUUAUUCUGCCAUUUCGAUAGUUGACAAAAUUGACCAAACUAAUCAUACAAAUUCUUCGAUACUCAAUCAAAUUGAUGUCACUUCUACGGACAACAGUUCUAAUGUUGAGUCUAGUACUUACGCGGUAGAAGAUCCUGUAUGGUCAACAAUUGAAUGGAAUAUUCAAUCUUUCGGAAUUGAUGAAGUCUCAAUAAUAACAUCAAAUGUGUGGAAUGAUGAUAAUCAACAACAAGUUCGUAAUAUUCGUAAUAGUAAUAGCAAAGACGGAAUACUUAGAGAUGAUUUUGAAGAAAAUGUGUGGGCAGAUGUACAAAUUGUUUCUUCUACACCUGGUUCUUCCUUUACAGCCACUGAGUUAUCAAAUAAUAUCGUACAAUCGGUAGAUCAUAAAACACCUCUGACAUUACACAAAAAAGUUGGACAGGAAACAUUAAGGAACCAAGGGUUAUUAACCCCUCCAAAUAUGGAAAAU